UCCUUAGCCAACAAUCACCAAUCUUCCAUGUUUUUAAAUCCCCAUCACUUCUGAGGAUCUCUCUCAUGGUCUCUCGCUCUCUUCAUCAGCACCAAACGUAGUAAUUGCUCACUCUCCCUAGCAGCUAGCAAGAGAACGGCCAUCUCUCUCUCACUCAAAUGGCACCAAAAAAUGAUGGAUCAGCUAAGAAAGUAGUAAUGAACAAAGGAGCAUGGACGGCAGAGGAAGAUCAAAAACUGUCACAGUACACUGAAAUCCACGGUGCAAAGAGGUGGAAAACAGUUGCAUUCAAAGCAGGUUUGAAUCGAUGCGGGAAGAGUUGCAGACUGAGAUGGCUGAAUUAUCUGAGACCCAACAUCAAAAGAGGCAACAUCUCAGAUGCAGAAGAGGACUUGAUACUUAGGCUGCAUAAGCUACUGGGAAACAGGUGGUCUCUCAUUGCUGGUAGACUUCCGGGACGAACAGACAAUGAGAUAAAGAAUUAUUGGAAUUCUCAUUUGAGCAAGAAAAUCAUCAAGGAGAAAAAAUUAGAGAUUUCAACGAAACAAGAGAUUGUGCCUAAGGAACCAUGUGUCACCCCUCAUGUAGACGUGGAGGGUGUUAAAGGAAAUACUAGAAAUUCUGAAGGUAAUUUUGAUGUCAAUGAAUUCUUUGACUUCACCAUUGAUUUAGGAUCAUGUGGAUUGGAGUGGGUGAACAAGUUCUUUGAACUCGACGACGAUUCGUGCCUCACUGAGAAAAGGUGAGCAGUUUAUGUAAUAAAUUAAUAUUUUUCUCCUUGAAAAGAAGCUCCAUUAUUGAAAUAAAAUGUGGUUUCUGCUGUUAAAAAACUA